UUGACAGAUAUACUGACUAUAAACAGCCACUGCAGCAGCAGCCAGGUGUUAACACUGCACACCUGCAGGCUGGUAACAUGGCUUUCUUCAAGUGCACAGUCGGCCUCCUUGUCCUCCUUGUGGUCUCUGACUGCUCCUGGGCUGAAGAGAAGGAGGUGUCUGUCUCUGAGCGCCUGUGGAGGGCAAACAAGGAUGUUGUUCGUUCAGACAAGGAACCCUUAGUCAUUGAUGACAUCGCUUACGACAACGAAAAUGACAGAAACGCUGAUUCCUGCACCUCCAACGGCUGCAUGUGGCCCAGAUCAGCUGAUGGAAGGGUCUAUGUGCCCUACGUCAUCUCCUCACAUUUCACCUCUCGUGAGCGUUCCAUCAUCGAGCGUGGGCUGCAGUCCUUCAGGGACGUGUCCUGCAUUCGCUUCAUCCCACACAGCGGCCAGAGAGACUACCUGAACAUCCAGUCAGACAGCGGCUGUUACUCCUACGUUGGCCGCCGUGGUUACUCCCAGACUCUGUCUCUGGACCGUCAGGGCUGCCUCUACCACAACACCGUCCAGCACGAGCUGCUCCACGCCCUCGGCUUCAACCACGAGCAGUGCCGCUCCGACAGGGACCAGUACAUCCGUGUCCUGUGGGAGAACAUCCAGCCUGGUUUGGCGUACGCCUUCGACAAGCUCAACACUCUGAACCUGAACACUCCCUACGACUACAACUCUGUCAUGCAGUACCACAGGUACGCCUUUUCUGCGAACAACCAGCCCACCAUGGUUCCUAUCCCUGAUGCCAAUGUUGAAUUUGGCACGGCCACCGAGAUGAGCAGGAAUGACAUCAUCAGACUGAACACUCUGUACAGAUGUUACCCAUAACUCGCUGACGAAAGAAACCCUGACAACGUGACAACAUUCUGACAAUGUUUCUCAUGCUUUAACAAGACAUUAUUGACAAUAAACCUUCAAACAUUAAA